AUGUAUCCUGGAUGGACGGGAGACGAUUCGUACUGGGCAGGAGCUGGCACCGCUACUGCUCAAGCCGCCUCCAACUCCUCCGCCACAUCUGCCUCUUCGACAGCGUCCUCGACUGCCGCAGCCGCUGCCGCCGCCAAUAAUUUGAAGGUGUGUCGCUGAGCACACAAUUGAAUUGCAUAUCUAGAAGAUGAGACCAGAAACAUCUUCUAAUGAAAUCGAAAGAUAACCUUUACUGUGAUUUCUUACCUAAUCUGUACUUGCAGACGUACGAACUGUACAACCACACAUACAUGAACAAUAUGAAGAACAUGCUGGCGGCCGGAUGGAUCGACAACACGAACCCGUGAGUCCCUCGGUCUUUCCGUCCUCCAAACUCACAGAAACGGUUGCAGAUUCGCGUACAACCCUCUGCAAGCGACUUCUGCCAACUUCGGAGAGACGCGCGCCUCGAUGCCAGCCAUCUCGCAGCCGGUGUUUCCGUGGAUGAAAAUGGGCGGUCAGUUCGCGUUUCAUUCGCUUUUCACUCGUGGAUUUCACUCAUUUUUAUGAGGCCAUAAUGCCUAGAACAAACACGUGCAUAUGGGUCAUCGUCCUCCGAAAUGACUUCUCAUUUGUUGAUGUCGUUGUGAAGGGGUAAUGACCGCCAAAAAGGUGUGAAGAGGCACACUUUUUCGAUGCUUAUCUGCCGGGGACUUCUAUGGCGGUGGCCGAUCGCAAAAUAUGGCGACAUGGCGGCCUCUUUGGGUUCCGAUCGCGGAGAGAGACCACCGCAAACUGCAAUUUUUGAUUUAUUUAUGAUCGCGUAUUUGUGUCCGAGAGGAAAAAGAGUAAAAGGGAAGGUCAAAUUGAGAGACAACUUCUGCAGAAUGACAGUACUUUCGGUAUGAUAGAAGGAGAGAAGAAGUAUGGGAAAUCAUUUUAAACUAUGAAAAACAGUCCCGACCUGUCCCGAAUGUCCCCAACAAGGACUGUUCGAGAAUCCGAUGACUCACCCGGUUCUCCUUUUCAUUCGUUGCAUUUUUUCGGAAGCACGGGAAAAGAAGCGGAGACACGAAAAUACGCGGCGAGUCGUGUCUCGCUAGUCCCGCUCGUUCCCUCCGUUUCCCUCUCGCUCCUCUUCCGAUCAUUUAUUUUCCGUUUCCUUUGAAGUUCGCCGCCGUGCCAGAAAAGACGGCCCGUGAAGCCGGCCGGGAACCGCCUUCGAGCCACGCGGCCGAGGGACGAUGAAAUGUGCUCCGAUCUGAUUUAUUCGUUCGUGUUCGCAACAACAAUGCUACAAGUUGUACUACAUAGGACGCGCGUCCGUUCGACACCGACCUGUCAAAAUGUUUGCGGUCGAUGUGAGGACGAGCUGAGGCGGCUUUUACGACACGAGGCUCCGUCGGGCGGCAGCUGCUGCUCCGUGGGUUUCUGGAGCAGCACGGGCGGCUUGUCGCCUUCUAAUCUCAUGAUUUACAGUAGAAAGAGGACUGACAAGAAAUGGACAGUAGGCACGAAAAAACCGGAUUAGGAUUGAGGAAGACGUUGUUCGGAGGGGAUUAACAGUGUAAAGGUGGAACAGGGGGAGGAGAGGACUGAGCAGUUCCAUCGGGUUCCCGAAAAGGUGACCUCGAGGGCCAGUCCACAUAAGUCUUACGCAUUCGAUCAGAGCUUCGGACGAUUAACCCAGAUUCGUGCCGUCACAUUCCUCCGAUCACUUUUCAUCAUUUCGAGUUAUCAGUUUGUGAGACGAAUCCAUUCUCAUUCCGUUUUUCCUAAUCACCGCCUUGAUUGAUGUUUUCAUCUCUCAAUUGUAGAGAUUUAGAAUGAGAGACAACUACAGUAAUCCCCUUCACAAGUUUCCUAAUCAAAUUGGCGAUCGAACCGAAUACUGAACGCCGACAAGCGUCGUUUUGUUGGAGGAGAAAAGGACAGGUUACGUCGUCCUUUUUUUGUUUUGAUCGGAACAUUUUUUGCUGGGUUUGGAAUGUACUUCUGGGAGGUCCUACUGUAAAACUGUCGAUGAGAGCAAAAAGGUGGGGACUACAGUAGUCGGAUUCGAACAUUUUCCGGAUGAGGGACAGAUGGCUGAAUUACAAUGAGAAGGAAGGAGAAGAAGACGUGUGAGGGUGUUGCAAGAAAAAUUGGAAAUUGAGGAGAAUGAAAGACAAUGAAAGAGGGGUACGGUAGGCGGGGGCGGACGUCGAUCAGGACACUCACUUCAAAAAUGUACCUUUAAAUCGGUCUUGCAAUGCGGUUGAGAUCAUUUCACUAGAACACCAAGAAUUCAUACGACUCCCAAGUAGCUUCACGAAAGUUUUUGAAAUCAUCAUCUUUGUAUGUUUCUGGAGUGUCCUGUUUUCAUUUGCAAUUGGAUACUCUCUAUUAUGUACAUGUUCUGAUCAUAUUUCCCCUGAUUGAAUCGUCAUCAGACACUGAAUUCCCCAUUAUCACUAUGAUUUGUGACCUAAGAGUUUCGUGAGUUUCGAGAUCAAGCACUCUGUCGUUGCCCACUCGGAUCUUCUGAUGAUUUAUUUCGGCUCAUCGCUUUCCUCAAUCAUCAUAGCAAGUUUUGGGGAAGAUUCGAUUGAGAAGGUGUGAUGGGACCGCCCGGAACAACAACUGUUAUGAAGUCGGCGCGACGAUAAGACAAAGGGAUUCGGCAAUAAUGAAAUACGAGCGGAUGAGGCGACGACACAGAAUGACAACUGACCGACCAAUCGGACCGAUCGGAGGCCGGGCGACGACGGGAUGACUGUAGUUAUUUGGGAGAACAUGGGCUGAUUAGUCAGAUAAACCGACCAUUCUGGCGCCCAUAAGAAGACGUUCCUCUGGGUUCACUCUAUAUUCGAUCGGCUCACUGUCCAGCUUCUCCUCUUCCUGUAUCGUCAUUCUCAACUUCUAUCGUAGCACAUAUAAUUCAGCUCUCUCUCUUACCAUCUUAAUAUUUGUUAUCUCGAUCAACUCUUUUUAUUAUAGGAACGAAGGGAGGAGAGUCGAAGCGUACCCGUCAGACGUACUCGCGCAGCCAGACUCUGGAGCUCGAGAAGGAAUUUCACUAUCACAAAUACUUAACACGGAAACGACGGCAAGAGAUUUCGGAGACGUUGCAUUUGACGGAAAGACAGGUCAGUUGAAAACCGGGCAGCUAGGGCCGACUGAGACCUCAAGUAUUUUCUGUUCCAAACGCCGCGUCCUUAAUUGUUUUCCGAUAGUGCAGACCACCCAAAAAGUGGCUGAAGCAAGCGUUUUUUUUGCCAAAAAACGCGGAGAGGAAAGAAGUUUUCUCAGCAUUUUCGAAGCGCGCGACGCGGCGGUCCUUUUGAAGUUGCGCCGAAAAGAGAAGGCGAAAAAGAGAAGGAAGACCAAGAGUCGAAGAAACGUUUUUGAAGAAGUAGAAAAGUUUUAGAGAGGGCUGUUGAGAUGGAAAUGGGCGGUUUCGUGAGCUGAAAAAAAUCACUAGACACUUAAGUCAUUUCAGGUGAAGAUUUGGUUCCAAAACCGUCGGAUGAAGCACAAGAAAGAGGCGAAAGGCGAGGGCGGCAGCAAUGAAUCCGACGAGGAAUCAAAUCACGACGAACAGAACGAACAGAACUCCUCGUGA